CUGCGCCUGGUGUGCAAUCAAUAGUCAAAGAAGAAGAAAACAGACGACGGCGCCAUCUUGAAAGAAGUCACUAGUGUCUGUAACGCGUUCAAGCUCCUUUUAUUUGUCGACAUGUUGUACCUAGAAGAUUAUCUGGAGAUGAUCGAGCAGCUUCCCAUGGAUCUCCGCGACAGGUUUACGGAAAUGAGAGAGAUGGACCUGCAGGUCCAAAAUGCCACGGACCAACUGGAGCAGAAGGUCACGGACUUCUUUGUCAACGCCAAGAAGAACAAACCAGAGUGGCGAGAGGAGCAGAUGGAGGUCAUCAAGAAGGAUUAUUACAAAGCUCUGGAAGACGCAGAUGAGAAAGUGCAACUGGCCAAUCAGAUUUACGAUUUGGUGGACCGACACCUGCGCAAGCUGGAUCAGGAGUUGGCCAAGUUCAAAAUGGAGCUGGAGGCCGACAACGCCGGCAUCACCGAGAUCCUGGAGAGACGCUCUCUGGAGAUGGACGGCCCGUCUCAGCCCGUCAACAACCACCACGUCCACUCUCACGCUGUCGUCGAAAAGCGGAGGUACAGCGCUUCGACGCACCACACGACGGAACACGUGCCGGAGAAGAAGUUCAAGUCGGAAGCUUUGCUGUCCACGUUGACGUCGGACGCCUGCAAGGAGAACGUGCCUGGUUGCCGUAGCAACAGCAUGACUUCAUCCUCCUCGUCCACCGCCAACAGCAUCUAUGGCGUCAGUUCUUCGCAACCUUUGACCUCCUACGGCCUGAGCUCCCUGCCCGCCGGACCGGCCGCCGGAGCCGGCGCCAUCAGCAUGGCUGCCGCGCAGGCCGUGCAGGCCACCGCUCAGAUGAAGGAGGGUCGGCGGACGUCCAGCUUGAAGGCCAGCUACGAGGCCAUCAAGAACAACGACUUCCAGCUGAGCCGAGACUUCUCGCUGUCCCGCGAGGCUUCUCCGUAUCCGUCUUCCGCGCUGGCGUCCACCCUGACACAGACGCUGGCUCCGACCGCCGUCGCCUCGGAUACUCGAGGGCGCAAGUCCAAAAGCGGCGUGAAGUCUUCCAACCAUCAGUCGUCUUCGUCUUCGUCCUCGUCGUCGCUGUCGUCGUGCUCGUCGUCGUCCGCGUUGGCUCAGGAACUUUCCCAGCAGGCGUCGGUGCUGCCCGAGGCCGAGGCCGGCGGCCAAGUGGACUGGACCUACGACCCCAACGAGCCGCGCUAUUGCAUCUGCAACCAGGUGUCCUACGGGGAGAUGGUGGGCUGCGACAACACAGACUGUCCCAUCGAGUGGUUCCACUACGGCUGCGUGGGUCUGAGCGAAGCCCCCAAAGGGAAGUGGUACUGUCCUCAGUGCACGGCCGCCAUGAAACGACGCGGAAGCAGACACAAGUAGACGGCGCUGCUGCUCCGCGCCACGUCAUGCCACGCCGCCGCUGCUCUGCGCCACGCUGCCGCUGCUCCACUUGUGUUUUCAACAACAGUAAACUUUUUUCUUCUCAGCAAAACACACACA